GGGAUGGCCGCGGCCGGAGCGCACUGAGCCCCGGCGCCGUCCCCGCCGACCCCACCGCUCUGCGACCCCCGCCCGGCCCCGCGCCCCCGCCCCGGAUCCGCAGCCGGCGCUUCCCCACCCCCGGCCCUGCUCCCGCCCUCCCCGCGCCGCUCGCAGCCGCAGCCCCCGGACCGAAAGGAAUGAGCGAGCCAUGAGGCUGCUGCGGCGCUGGGCGUUCGCGGCUCUGCUGCUGCCGCUGCUCCCCCCGCCCGGUCUUGGGACCCAAGGUCCUGCUGGAGCUCUGCGAUGGGGGGGCUUACCCCAGCUGGGGGGCCCAGGAGCCCCUGAGGUCACGGAACCCAGCCGUCUGGUCAGGGAGAGCUCCGGGGGAGAGGUCCGAAAGCAGCAGCUGGACACCAGGGUCCGCCAGGAGCCACCAGGGGGCCCGCCUGUCCAUCUGGCCCAGGUGAGUUUCGUCAUCCCAGCCUUCAACUCAAACCUCACCCUGGACCUGGAGCUGAACCACCACCUCCUGUCCUCGCAAUACGUGGAGCGCCACUUCAGCCGGGAGGGAACAACCCAGCACAGCACGGGGGCUGGAGACCACUGCUACUACCAGGGGAAGCUCCGGGGGAACCCGCACUCCUUUGCUGCCCUCUCCACAUGCCAGGGGCUGCAUGGGGUCUUCUCUGAUGGGAACUUGACUUACAUCGUGGAGCCCCAAGAGGUGGCUGGACCUUGGGGAGCCCCUCAGGGACCCCUUCCCCACCUCAUUUACCGGACCCCUCUCCUCCCAGAUCCCCUUGGAUGCAGGGAACCAGGCUGUCUGUUUGCUGUACCUGCCCAGUCGGCUCCUCCAAACCGGCCGAGGCUGAGAAGGAAAAGGCAGGUCCGCCGGGGCCACCCUACAGUGCACAGUGAAACCAAGUAUGUGGAGCUAAUUGUGAUCAAUGACCACCAGCUGUUCGAGCAGAUGCGACAGUCGGUGGUCCUCACCAGCAACUUUGCCAAGUCCGUGGUGAACCUGGCUGAUGUGAUAUACAAGGAGCAGCUCAACACUCGCAUCGUCCUGGUUGCCAUGGAAACAUGGGCAGAUGGGGACAAGAUCCAGGUGCAGGAUGACCUCCUGGAGACCCUGGCCCGGCUCAUGGUCUACCGACGGGAGGGUCUGCCUGAGCCCAGUGAUGCCACCCACCUCUUCUCGGGCAGGACCUUCCAGAGCACCAGCAGCGGGGCAGCCUACGUGGGGGGCAUCUGCUCCCUGUCCCGGGGCGGGGGUGUGAACGAGUACGGCAACAUGGGGGCGAUGGCCGUGACCCUUGCCCAGACGCUGGGACAGAACCUGGGCAUGAUGUGGAACAAACACCGGAGCUCGGCAGGGGACUGCAAGUGUCCAGACAUCUGGCUGGGCUGCAUCAUGGAGGACACUGGUCUGGACCAGGGGCUCAAGAGGCCCAGCUCACAGAACCAUUCAGGAUCCCAAGAAGCCCAGUUUUCCGCAAACACUGCCCGGGGAGACCCAGAUUUCCCUGCUGGGACACCAAAACCGGCCAGGCUGCAGUGCGCAUCGUGGCCACUGGGCGCCGCCCAAGCCUCGCAUGGAGACACCUUCCCUCCAGCGCGGCUGCGAGUCCCCAGGUUCUACCUGCCCCGCAAGUUCUCGCGCUGCAGCAUCGACGAGUACAACCAGUUUCUGCAGGAGGGUGGUGGGAGCUGCCUCUUCAACAAGCCCCUCAAGCUCCUGGACCCCCCAGAGUGCGGGAACGGCUUCGUGGAGGCAGGGGAGGAGUGCGACUGCGGCUCGGUGCAGGAGUGCAGCCGCGCAGGUGGCAACUGCUGCAAGAAAUGCACCCUGACUCACGACGCCAUGUGCAGCGACGGGCUGUGCUGUCGCCGCUGCAAGUACGAGCCACGGGGUGUGUCCUGCCGAGAGGCCGUGAAUGAGUGCGACAUCGCGGAGACCUGCACCGGGGACUCUAGCCAGUGCCCGCCUAACCUGCACAAGCUGGACGGUUACUACUGUGACCAUGAGCAGGGCCGCUGCUACGGAGGUCGCUGCAAAACCAGGGACCGGCAGUGCCAGGCUCUUUGGGGCCAUGCGGCUGCUGAUCGCUUCUGCUACGAGAAGCUGAAUGUGGAGGGGACGGAGCGUGGGAGCUGUGGGCGCAAGGGAUCUGGCUGGGUCCAGUGCAGUAAGCAGGACGUGCUGUGUGGCUUCCUCCUCUGUGUCAACAUCUCUGGAGCUCCUCGGCUAGGGGACCUCGUGGGAGACAUCAGUAGUGUCACCUUCUACCACCAGGGCAAGGAGCUGGACUGCAGGGGAGGCCACGUGCAGCUGGCUGAUGGCUCUGACCUGAGCUACGUGGAGGAUGGCACAGCCUGUGGGCCUAACAUGCUGUGCCUGGACCAUCGCUGCCUGCCAGCCUCUGCCUUCAACUUCAGCACCUGCCCCGGCAGUGGGGAGCGCCGGAUUUGCUCCCACCACGGGGUCUGCAGCAAUGAAGGGAAGUGCAUUUGUCAGCCAGACUGGACAGGCAAAGACUGCAGUAUCCAUAACCCCCUGCCCACGUCCCCACCCACGGGGGAGACGGAGAGAUAUAAAGGUCCCAGCGGCACCAACAUCAUCAUUGGCUCCAUCGCCGGGGCUGUCCUGGUUGCAGCCAUCGUCCUGGGCGGCACGGGCUGGGGAUUUAAAAACAUUCGCCGAGGAAGGUACGACCCGACCCAGCAGGGGCCAGUGUGAUGCCGGCCACGUCAUCCCUCCCGCUGUCCUUGUCUCCUCCAUCUCAUUCGUCACCCCGCGUUCUGUUGAUGGGGAGCAGGGGCUGAUUCCCCCACCCCUGCUGCCAGGCUGUCCCGGCAGGGGUGGGAGAGACUCGCUCAGGGAAGAAGGUCCCAGCUGCCCUCGCCCUCGCCCUCGCCUGCUCAGGCCACGUCCUUCUCGACUGCCCUGCUGCGGCCAGGCCCUCCCCCGCCACCAGGUGGAACUGGAGCUGCGCCCCUGGCAGUCCCCAUCCCCGGGAGGGUCCUCCCUGUGCGUCCCAUCUGUUUUGUCUUCCAUGUCACCACUGUCUGACCUCCCGCAGAUCCCUUCCCCGGCCAGCCUGUGAUUUGCGGCCUGCCUCCUGGGCCCAGCACUGAGCUCCGGGGCCCUGCUGGAGAGCUCUCCCCGUGGCCCCUGCUCACGUCCUCCCCUGAUGCCCCCUCUCCGUUCCAGGUCCGGAGGGGCCUAAGUGCCACCCUCCUCCCUCCAAGCCUGGCACCCACCGUCUCGGCCCUGAACCACGAGGCUGCCCCCAUCCAGCCACGGAGGGAGGCACCAUGCAAAUGUCUUCCAGGUCCAAACCCUUCAACUCCUGGCUCCGCAGGGGUUUGGGUGGGGGCUGUGGCCCUGCCCUUGGCACCACCAGGGUGGACCAGGCCUGGAGGACACUUCCUCCACAGUCCCCCGCCCACCUCCUGCGGCUCAGCCUUGCACACCCACUCCCCCGUGUGAAUGUAGCUUCCACCUCAUGGAUUGCCACAGCUCAACUCGCGGGGGGGCCUGGAGGGAUGCCCCCAGGCAGCCACCAGUGGACCUAUCCUGGAUGGCCCCUCCUUGCAACCAGGCAGCUGAGACCAGGGUCUUACCUCUCUGGGACCUAGGGGGACGGGGCUGACAUCUACAUUUUUAAAAACUGAAUCUUAAUCGAUGAAUGUAAACUCGGGGGUGCUGGGGCCAGGGCAGAAUGUGGGGAUGUUUUGACAUUUACAGGAGGGCCCGGAGAAACUGAGGUGUGGCCAUCCCCCAGACCCUCCCCCGGGAUGACCACACCCGGAGUCCUGUCACUGAGCACAGGCAGGGCCUGGGCAUCCCAGCUAGCCCCCGCUUGGCCCCGCUGAGCUUAGAGGAAGUAUGAGUGCUGAUUCAAACCAAAGCUGCCUGUGCCGUGCCCAAGGCCUAGGUUAUGGGCACGGCAACCACAUGUCCCAGAUCGUCUCCAAUUCUAAAACAACCAUCCUGCUGUCCCUGUCAGGACACAUGGAUUUUGGGCGGGGGGGAGACCUAGAAUAUAUAGUUCCUGUAAUAAAAUGGCACCUUCCCCCUUUCAAGAAGGGUGAUUCUGGGGCUGACUCAGGGUUUAGGUGCCCCCUGGUGUGGCCUAGAUGUCCCCACCUGGGCCAUCUUUCUGGGGAGGACUCUCCCAGGUAGGGAAGGCCAGAGGUGGCCCAGUGCCUGGAGGGUUAGGGUCUCUGCCUGGGAUGUGAAAGAGGACGUAGGAAAGGGAGGUCUCAUGGAUGAUCCUAGGCUGCUAGAAGUCCUUAAGGCUCCAUCAAGUCCAUUCCACUUCCUACCCCCAUUCCAGGGCCGAGUAGUAAGUUUACAGAUGUUUCCCCCAUUACGUGCCCCCACUCAUCCCUGCUGCAGCGAGCCUGAGAGCCAGGCAGAGCCAGGCACAGCUCCUCAGUCUUCUCACACAGUCCUGCCAGUGGCCCUCCCUCAUGACCCUUGCUUGGGAGGGUGGAGCACUGGCUCCUUGACCCUAAAAGGUAGCUGGCAGGGGCAAGAUGGGGGCCAGCUACCUAAUGGAUGAAAGCCACAAGUGAAUACAGUUCUUGUCACCAGGGUUGCCCUGCCCUCACUCGGCAGGGAGUUCUGACACCCCAGGGCCCGUGAGCUGCCUGCUUGAGCCCCUGUUUCUGGGGCACCUUCGAGGAGGCGUUGUGGAGGGAAUCGCUCCCUGUUUAUUCACACCACCCUCAGGGGCAAACAGGCCUGGGACCUGCUGACACCAUUUUGGGUAGCUAGAUGCACCCGACAGCAGUGGGGUCCGCACACUGAGCUCCAGCUGGCACUGCCCACUCAAGGGCUGAGUGGAGGGGCCCCUCCGGCCAGCUCUGCUCCACCAGCCCUGUCAGCUGAUGCGGGGCGGGGGAAGGGCUGGGUGUUGCACUACUGCUGCGCUGCCUUAAGGCAUCUGUCCUCUGGGGGUGCACCCGUGCACACAGGUACAGUGCAUCUGGCACAGCUUUUGGAUCCACACCUCUGCACAAGUGUGAAUACCUCUGCAAAUAUGGGCAUAUCUGUGUGUGCUCGUGUAUAUGGGGUGGGGAACAUGAGACUUCCUGUGACCAGUCCACCCUGGCUCCCAGCUGUCUGUAUCCUCCUGCCCUGCCCUGGCGAGUGCCUACCCUGGCAGAACCCAGGGAGGAGUGGAGGCUGCCUCUGCCUGGGCCUCCACACAGCAUCCUGUACAUACGCCACCUGGGCUGGGGGUGGGGAGGCAGGGCCAGGAGCGUGGAUUAAAGAUCACAUCCUGGGGCUUCCAGGGAGCUCACACCAA